AUGGAGGAGAGCAUGAGGCUGACGAAGGUGGGAGCGUGUACACAAACCUGCUUCACCCUAGUGGCCAUUGCAAAUGCUUCUGAGACUGCCUUGUUGUCAGUGACGUGAGCUAGCAUUCUAUUGGUAUACCACAUGCGUGAAGAGUUCUUGGUACCGGAAUUUUAGCGUGACUCGUCAGAGUCCGUCGCCAUUCUCAAAACUGAAGUCGUUCGUCAGGUCGAUUGGGGUAGUAAAGAGACUUUUCAUCGUUUUCUAACAUCUUCCUUGUAGCUGGCGGGCAGAGAAGAUCAUAUCGACUGUGCCGCGGUUCAUUCAGGACCCAUAGUUGCUUUCUGGGAUGAUUCCCAGUUAGAGGUGGCUGUUGAGACGAUUAUGGAGGACGGGGACAUGGAUUUUCCCAGCAGCGUGAAGGAUGAAAAUGCCUCGGUGAUUAUGGCGGAGUUGACAGUUGUCUGUGAGACUGUAUAUGUGUGCGAUGGUGACAUCCUUAAAGUUCUAGGAGACUCGCCUUUGCCGCCACGUCUCUUCGAACAGCCAAGUGAGUCCGUCUAUCGGCUGUGGGCCGUCAUGCUUGUAGACUUCGGUUGGAAUUGCUUUGGAUCCAGAUUCUUUCCUGCUGGAGAGUUUUUGCACGGCUCUGAUGGUUCCUGGGAGGGAAGGAAGAAGGUCCAGGUCCGUAUCGGCUUCCAUUUGGAGAAGCUGAUCUAUGGCGGCAUCAGGGAGUGUGGAUGGGCGAUAGUGUGCACUUCUAUAGUGCUGGGUCUAGCCUUUCAGAAUUUUCGAUUUCUCCGUGAGGAGGGUUGUUUCGUCAGUGAUGAGCAACGGUGUGGUCUCUGUGGUGCGGCGACUGUAGACCGCCUUGAUGGAGGCAGGGAAGUGCUUCAUGUUGUUACAAUCCGCAGCCUAAUUUUUGGGAUAAUGGGGGCAGUGAUCCGUCAAGACUUCGACAUCACAUAUCUCCUCUGUCAUUAG